AUGCUGGUCAUCACUAACACCUCUGAAGAGCCCUUCUACUUCAUCCUUUCGGGUAUUCCAGGUUUUGAGGCCAUCCACAUUUGGAUCUCCAUCCCCUUCUGCUGCCUAUACAUGAUCUCCAUCUUGGGCAAUACCACCAUCCUGGCUGUCAUUCAGAUAGAGCCCUCACUUCACCAACCCAUGUACCUGUUCCUUUCCAUGCUGGCACUAACUGACCUGGGCCUCACCCUCACCACACUGCCCACAGUCAUGCAACUACUGUGGUUCAAUGUCCGGGAGAUCAGUUUUGAGGCCUGCUUUGCCCAGUUUUUCUUCCUUCAUGGCUUCUCCUUCAUGGAGUCCUCAGUGUUGUUGGCCAUGGCUUAUGACCGUUUUGUUGCCAUCUGCCGCCCACUCCACUAUGCCUCUAUUCUCACAGAGAGUGUCAUUGGCAGAAUUGGGAUAGCCAUCAUCAUUCGAUGUGUUUUGGCAGUGCUCCCCUCACUAUUCCUGCUCAAACGUCUGCCCUUUUGUCACUCGCACCUCCUCUCCCAUUCCUACUGCCUCCACCAAGACAUGAUCCGCUUGGUAUGUGCUGACACUCGGGUCAACAGCUGGUAUGGGUUUGGACUGGUAUUGCUUAUCAUUGUGCUUGACCCCCUACUCAUUCUGGUCUCCUAUGGGUUAAUCUUGCACAGUAUCCUUGGCACUGCAUCCCAGGCUGAGAGAUUUAAGGCUCUCAACAACUGCCUGUCCCAUAUUCUAGCUGUACUCAUCUUGUAUGUGCCCAUGGUAGGGCUGUCCAUGGCUCAUCGCUUUGCCCGGCAUGCCCCGCCACUGGUUCAUGUGAUCAUGGCCAAUGUCUACUUGCUAUCACCCCCUGUGAUGAACCCCAUUAUCUACAGUGUGAAAACUAAGCAGAUUCGCCAGGGAAUCCUCCGCCUCCUUUAUCGAGGGACGAUGCACUAG